AAAAAGAGCUUUGUUAUUUUACAUAGCUCGCCGACGUCAAGCCUGAGCGCAGCCUCUCAAACUAAGUAACGCCAAUCCUUCCGUAUUCUCUAGGGUCCACAGUAACUGCCUUUCUUUAUCUAGCUGAGAAGACGUUACAGUAACACGAUGAGUAGUGAAAAAUACCCCCGGUCCUCUAUUGAAGACGAUUUUAACUAUGGCACAAAUGUUGCUACAGCCAGCAUCCAGAUCCGUAUGGACUUCCUAAGGAAGGUGUACACCCUCCUGAGCUUGCAGAUCAUCCUGACCACAGCCACCUCUGCCCUCUUCAUGUUCUCUCAAACCAUCAAGGAGUUUGUCCAUGCCAGUCCUGCUGUGGUUUUGGUUUCGUCUCUGGGCUCUCUGGUUCUUCUGCUGGCCCUGGCCAUGUACAGACACCAACAUCCAGUCAACCUCUACCUGCUGCUCGUAUUUACUCUGCUGGAAGCAGUUUCUGUGGCCACAGCUUUGACCUUCUAUGAAUACUCCACUGUACUGCAAGCCUUGUUCCUGACCUGUGCUGUGUUUGCUGGACUGACAGCCUACACCUUCCAGUCCAAGAGAGACUUCAGCAAAAUGGGAGCAGGGCUGUUCGCCUGCCUGUGGAUCCUUAUCAUUGCAAGCUUCAUGAGGUUCUUCUUCAACAGUGACAGCACAGAGCUGGUCCUAGCUGGUGCCGGGGCUCUGGUCUUCUGCGGAUUCAUCAUCUACGACACCAACCUGCUGAUGAAGCAGCUCUCCCCUGAGGAGCACAUUCUGGCCUCCAUCAACCUCUACCUGGAUAUCGUCAACCUCUUCCUGCACAUCCUGCGUCUCCUCGACUCUAUGAAGAAGCACUGAGAGCUGCACUACCACUUUAAACUGCUUUUCCUAUUCAGCUUGUUGUCAGUCCUCACUGAAACCCACAGAUACGACUGAUGCUAUGAUUACCCUGCAUUCAUGUGAGUGUUGCCAUCCUGAAGUUCACCAAAAUUUAGAUUUUAGAGGGGAAUCUUCAUAAAUUAAAAAACCUGUCUGUGCUCGGUGAACUCUCUUUACAGGCAGCUGCACUAAGUGCUUCUGUUUAAUUCACCCAUACUUUUUGUAGCUGAUUCUGCUUUUGAAUUAAGUCGAUCUAUAUCAAGUAAGCUUUGUUUAUUCUGAAACCAAAAUGUACUCAUCAUAGGAGACAGCCAGUGAGUUAAAGGUAUACUACAUGUUUUGAUAUAGAGCCCACUAGCACCCCCAACUGGCCUAAUUGCAGCUCACCCUGUACUUUUCAGUCCUGCAUAGACACAUUCCAGUUUUUCGGUGGCGGAUUAAUCCACAUUUGGUGCUCUAAUGAGUGUUUCUGGCUGGACUGUGUAUGUGACAUUGAGUCAAUAUACUAAAAUGGAGCUCUAUGGCGCAGAGAAAUCAGAUAUAUCAGGCUUAGUUUAUCUUUUCAUGGGAUUUGUUGACAAUAAGAUGAAUAUCAUAUCACCAGCUUUAUCCUUUAAAAUAUUGAGAGAAUAUAUACAGUAUAUAAUAUAUAUAAUAUCUUAUAGUGAUAUUGCCCAGCUUCACCAGUUUGCUGCACUGAGCUCUGGAACUGAGCCAUGGACGGGGUUUGUGCUUGUUAAACAGUGGACACAGUUGAGAUUCAAACAUUAACAGUGAGCUGGUAGGACAUUUUUUGAUAUGGGGCACUGGUGGAUGCUGUAACAAAUGUAGGUAGUACAUUUUUCAAAGUAUCUCAGCAGUAGUUGUGGUUUCAGAUCUAUCAUUCCACUAAUUUAUUCUCAAACUGAAUUUAUUGUUGAAUGUUUUCAAUCUUGUCAAAAAUGAGUUUAUAUUCCAUCAGUGUACUGCGUUUGUAAGUGUAGCUGCUCCCCUCUCAUGUUCCACAUCUGUUAAUGACGCACAACAGCAAGAUGACAUUGAUGAUUAUAUGUUCAUUAUAAUAAAGUUAAAGUGCAUGCCUGGGUUUAUUAAUAUCUGUGAUUGUACACAUGCUUAUGGUGUAAAUGUAACAGUGUACAGUUUUUGGGAUCAAGAGCUGAACUUCUGUGAAACGUGAAGUACUGAAGUUAGUGAAGCGUCUAAUCUGAAUGGUUAAGAGAAAUACUGUUUUGUUGAUUAUGAUUAAUUUCUGGUCUCCUUUUGCAUUCUUUAUGGAGCCGUCAGUCGUGGAAAUAAAGAUUGUUUCCAUAGUUUCCAAAAGUA